AUUGUUGAGGUGGUAAACGUCAGGACAGAAGGAGUUCAUUCGAACGUUCAAUCAUUUUCCAAACAUUAUACAUACAAGGUAGAAGAAGAAAUUAAGGAUGUGGAGAUUGAAGAUUGCUGAAGGGCAAAAUGGGCCAUAUUUGUACAGCACAAACAACUAUGUUGGACGACAAACGUGGGAGUUCGAUCCAAAUGCUGGAACGAUAGAAGAACGGGCUGAGAUAGAAGAGGCCCGUCAACAAUUUUGGAAUAAUCGUCAUAAAGUCAAGCCUAGUAGUGAUCUUCUUUGGCGAAUGCAGUUUCUUGGAGAGAAAAAUUUCAAACAAAUAAUUCCAGCAGUAAAAGUUGAAGAAGAUGAAGAAAUUAGUCAUGAAGUUGCUACAAUUGCAUUGCAUAGAGCAGUUAAUUUCUUCUCAGCUUUACAGGCUAGUGAUGGUCAUUGGCCUGCUGAAAAUGCUGGUCCUUUGUUUUUUCUUCCACCUUUGGUCAUGUGUAUGUAUAUCACUGGGCAUCUAAAUACUGUAUUCCCAGCUGAACAUCGAAAGGAAAUUCUUCGGUAUAUAUACUGUCAUCAGAAUGAAGAUGGUGGAUGGGGUUUGCAUAUAGAAGGUCACAGUACUAUGUUCUGUACAGCUCUGAGUUACAUUUGCAUGAGGAUCCUUGGAGAAGGACCAGAUGGUGGCGUAAACAAUGCUUGUGCUAGAGCAAGGAAAUGGAUUCUUGAUCAUGGUAGUGUCACUGCAAUUCCUUCUUGGGGAAAAACAUGGCUCUCGAUUCUUGGAGUUUUUGAAUGGAUAGGAACCAAUCCAAUGCCACCUGAAUUUUGGAUUCUUCCAUCUUUUCUUCCCGUGCAUCCAGCAAAAAUGUGGUGUUACUGUCGAAUGGUCUACAUGCCGAUGUCUUACCUCUAUGGGAAGAGAUUUGUUGGUCCAAUCACGCCUCUCAUUUUGCAACUGAGGGAAGAGUUAUAUGAUCAACCAUACGAUGAAAUUAACUGGAAGAAAGUGCGCCAUGUAUGUGCAAAGGAGGAUCUCUAUUACCCUCAUCCAUUGGUUCAAGAUUUGAUGUGGGACAGUCUCUACAUAUGUACCGAGCCUCUAUUGACCCGUUGGCCUUUCAACAAGCUGAGAAACAAAGCUCUUGAAGUUACCAUGCAACACAUACACUAUGAAGACGAGAAUAGUCGAUACAUCACCAUUGGAUGUGUUGAAAAAGUAUUGUGCAUGCUUGCUUGUUGGGUCGAGGAUCCUAACGGCGAUUAUUUCAAAAAACAUCUUGCUAGGAUCCCUGAUUAUUUAUGGGUAGCUGAAGAUGGAAUGAAAAUGCAGAGUUUUGGUAGUCAAGAAUGGGAUACCGGUUUUGCUAUUCAAGCACUAUUGGCCAGUGAGAUGACUGAUGAGAUAGCAGAUACUCUUAGGAAAGGACAUGACUUUAUAAAACAAUCUCAGGUGACGGACAAUCCUUCUGGUGAUUUCAAAGGGAUGUAUCGACAUAUCUCAAAAGGAUCGUGGACUUUUUCAGAUCAAGAUCAUGGAUGGCAAGUCUCUGAUUGCACUGCUGAAGCAUUAAAGUGCUGCCUUCUGUUCUCUACAAUGCCUCGUGAAUUAGUCGGUCAGGCAAUGGAACCAGGGCGACUGUAUGACUCGGUGAAUGUUAUUCUUUCAUUACAGAGCAAAAAUGGCGGUUUAGCAGCAUGGGAACCUGCAGGAGCCUCUGAAUAUUUGGAGCUGCUCAAUCCUACUGAAUUUUUCGCGGACAUUGUCAUUGAGCAUGAGUACGUCGAAUGCACUGCCUCAUCAAUUCAAGCACUUGUUCUGUUUAAGAAGCUGUACCCUGGACACAGAACCAAGGAGAUUAACAUAUUCAUUGAUAAUGCUGUUAAAUAUCUUGAAGAUGUACAAAUGCCUGAUGGUUCAUGGUAUGGUAACUGGGGUGUUUGCUUCACAUAUGGUUCCUGGUUUGCUCUUGGAGGGCUUGCUGCAGCAGGCAAGUCCUACAACAACUGUGCAGCUGUUCGUAAAGGCGUUGAAUUUCUGCUAAGAACACAAAGGUCCGAUGGUGGCUGGGGCGAAAGCUACCGUUCUUGCCCAGACAAGAUAUAUAGAGAACUCGAAACAAACGACUCAAAUCUUGUACAAACUGCAUGGGCAUUGAUGGGAUUGAUUCACUCUGGCCAGGUUGAUAGAGAUCCGAGGCCCCUCCACCGCGCAGCAAAGCUGUUGAUUAAUUCUCAGAUGGAAGAUGGUGACUUCCCACAGCAGGUAAUCACUCU